CCCAGGUCCUGCUUAGAGCACUGUAAACAAGAACACUUCCACAGCUCAGUCGGAGAGAAGAGAGCCAGACUGCCUGCCGCCGGUGUCCCCAGGUACCCCACUUACAGCAAUGUCCCAGGAAGCUCCCAUCAAGAAGAAACGGCCCCCCAUGAAGGAAGAGGACCUGAAGGGAGCCCGAUCCACUCUCUCUAAAAAUCAAGAAAUCAAAUCCAAGACCUACCAAGUCAUGCGAGAAUGUGAGGAAGCUGGCUCAACUGCCCCAUCUGUGUUCAGCCGCAGUCGGACAGGAGGAGAGACUGUCUUCGAGAAGCCCAAGUCUGGUCCCCCCAAGAGUGUGUUUGGCUAAGGAACUCUGCUGCUUCUGGCCCUGCUCAUCUUCACCCCACUUCCCAUAUGAACCCCAGCACCUGUCCUGACAUAGACAGCAAAGCAGACACCUUUUUUUUUUAAUUUUCUUUUUAAAAAAUACACAAAAUGCCCACUAUUUUUUUCCUUGAAGGACAAGGUCCAGGAUCCAGGGUCUUAGUCUCCUUCUACUUCCCUUGAUUCCCCAGAGUGGAUCCCACAGACAUAAGAAUGUGUGAAAACCUUUGAAUCAUCAAUAAAUCAAAGAAACCAGA